GCCGUAUGGGGUAUUGAGGAUUGGUCGAUGGCGGCUGCGCUGCCAUUCUUCACAGUGUUAUCCAUCGCUUGUAUAGCGUGUGGAUUCACUGGCAUCGGCGUCAAGGCGGCAACUUUGGCGUUGCCACAAUAUCAGCAGUAUACUGAGAUAGGCUUGUUCUGGUUUUUCCUCUUCGAAGUCUUCUAUUGUGUCAACAUCAUACCAGUCAAAAUCUCUAUCGGUCUAAUGCUUGUCAGAAUUGCCAAGAAUCGCAAAGUCUAUGUAUACAUUCAAUAUGGCGUCAUGGCCAUGUUCACAACCAUGAAUGUCAUUGCUUGCGGCUUCAUCAUUUUCCACUGCAGUCCCGUUGCAGCUGCCUGGGACCUCAGUCUUCUUCAAAAAGGGGGCCGUUGUAACCCUCAAGACUGGCUUGUCAAUGUCUACUACGCCACUACUGCCGUGAACAUCUUCACUGACUGGGUCACCGCCUUCAUGCCUAUUCCUCUUCUAUGGAACGUCAAGCUGAACCGCAACGCGAAGAUCUCUGUCGCUGGCGUGCUUGGGUUGGGCUUCUUUGCAUCGCUGUCCGCUUGUGUUCGACUCAAGUACACGAUUGGCCUUACUGAGCAAGAAAAUUACCUCGACGCCCUCGCCGACAUAGUGAUUUGGGGUUAUGCUGAGAACGGCCUCGGCUUGAUUGUCGGCUGCAUGGCGACUCUCCGUCCACUUUUUCGCCGAGUGUUCAGCCUGGGUGGCGAAGUGUCAACAAGAAUGACAGGAGGAGGAGCAACAGGCGGAAAGGCAGGCGUCGCCGGCGGGAGUUCUGGAGGUUAUGGGUUCCCCAGCAACUCGCGCCGGACAUACGAGGAAUGCGACACCGUGUACGAGAUGAAGACGGGCUUGUCCGUGACCGUCGGACCUGGCGGUCCCGGAGACGACUCGAGCGGCGCCGGCUACGGCACACACGACCGCACUGCCAACGCCGUCAAGAAAAGCCGGAGCGGCUCGAGCAGCGGCGACGACGAGGACAGCUUUGACACCGAAAGCCAGACGCGCAUCAUCAUCAAGCCGCACGGCAGGCACGGCGGCUCGCGGGAUAUGAACGGCGGUAUCAUGGUCACGAAGCAGAUUGCGCUGUCGCGUGACGACGACUAGAACUCACUUCAAUCUCCUGGUGUGGCUUUCUUUUUUUCCUUUUUUUCCUCGCAGGGCCGCGCUACAGGCGUGGCAUGGCGGCAUCGUGCUUUUUGGGGGUGUCUGGUCAAGACGCCGGUGUUUUCCCGUAACAGUUCGGGGAAAUAGAAAAGCCACGGCCCAAGCUUUGACAAAAUGGCGUAAAAUCUAUCUGUAUAUACUCCUCUGGCGAAAUGGUCUGCUAGGACUCACAGAGGCAUUGCCUGGGUUGAUUGGGUCUUCGUAUGUUUCGAUUCACAUGCGUGAGGGUGGGAUUUUGCUGUGUUGCUUUAGAGAAUCGGGCCAAAAAAUUGACUUGCCUCUUUUACUACUUG